AUGUGGAGACAUGGAUCAAGAACGCCUGUAAAUUGCAAUUGGAAUUGUGAAUACUUUCUGUAUAAUGAUUUGUUGAAUGGCUUUCUAACUCCUACAGGAAUGAGAUAACAUUUUGUGUUAGGUCAAUGGAUGAGAUAGAGAUAUAUAACUGAGUUAUAAUUCCUAAGUGAUACCUAUGAUGCCUCGUAAAUCCUUGUUUACUCAACAGAUGUUAAUCGAACAAUCAUGAGUGCCAUGAGUAAUUUGCAAGGGAUGUAUUCAAACAAUGGACCCAAAGUGCCUAAUGUUAAGGAUAGUUAUUUGAUUCCACCAAACCCAGGAGCGGAAACACCGACUGAUAUUGGAUAAUCAGCCAUUCAACAUGAUAUUCAAAUACUACCUAUUCACAUGAGAGAAGCAAUAACUGAUGAUAGACUCUUAUCAAUACUUAUUUGUCCUAAAGGGUAUGAAAUGUUUGUCCAAAACAUGCAAACCAACUUAACUAUAUCUGUAAUGAUUAAAGCUUAAAGCACUUUACUAUAAUUUUGUAAUGAAAUGAAUAUUGAUCCACUUGAAUUCAACAUAUUCACUCUUACAGAAUAUAUGGAUACAUUUUAUUCAUGCAUUUACAAUGAUUAUCCAAUGCCCCCUAAUCUCACAAAAGAAACAUAUCUUAAAGUUGACUCUCUCUAUGCCCUAACUAUUGCCUUACAGCUCUAUCAAACCAAGCAUCAGGUAGAUGUGUUUUCUUCACCAUUUUUCGAAUCUUUACUCUCCUAUUUUGAUACAGCAUUGACCCAAUAAGAGACCGAUAAGAGUCAAAAAUAUAUCAUCUAUUCAGCCCAUGAUAUAAAUGUGUAAUUGAUUGCUUCAGCUUUAAAUUUUACAUCAGCCGAAUGCAUGGCUUAGGUUUACUUGGGACAAGAAGUCAGUAACAAAAAUUGUAUUUACACUUAUCCUGGAUUUGCUUCUAAUAUUAUUUGGGAAUUGUGGGAAGAGGAACAGACCCAUGAUCAUUACAUUAAAGUCCUUUAUAAUGGCACCGAAAUGAACAUAUGUAAUACGGAUUCGAAGAAAUGUUCCUAUAAAAUCUUUAAAUAGUUGAUUGAAAAUUAAAGGAGAGAUUUUGAAAAAGAGUGCUCAGUUGAGAUUGACCCAAUUAUCGAAGAGAAAGUUCCUAUUUGGAUGAUAACAUUAUCUAUCAUAUUUCUAUUCAUUUUGUUCGCAAUGAUUUUAUAUAUUUUAUGCCUUUGCAAAAAAUUAAGAGCAAAUGGUAAAACUAAGUUAAAUGAAGAUAAAGAACCUUGA